AUGGCAAGUUUCGGUCGUUCUUUCAAACCAACUUCGUAUCUGUCUUCCAUGAAGAGAAGGCCGGCACCGCCAGCAAGAAGUAUGUCUAGCUCGUCUGAAGCGUCCCCAUUGUCCUCGCCCGACAUACGGCAAGACGAUAUCAUCUUCUCCACAAGACCGUCACCGAACCCGACGAUAGAGAUGCCUCAAUACCAACAACCCGGGGCUUCCCCGAAGCUCAGGUCUAGUAACGUAAGAAAGGAUCCGACUCUGUUCGAUUCUCCAAGAUCAACACCUGCGCGAACUAGGCCCAUUGCAAUCGAAUUACCUCCCACCAAGAAAGUCAACAGUGCUCCUGUUUAUACCCCACCCGCACCGCUUUCCGCCCGCGGGGAUCUUCCUGGCGGCUAUUUCCCCUUGCACGAGGACCACAACCGAGUUUAUUGUCCUCAUCCUUUUCACCUCGAUGCUUCCCACGCACGCAUGAAAUCUAUUGAGCGUGCUGGUCAGUCAGGUUCUCCCGAUCCCGAGUCAGCAGCCAUCGCCACCAGACAAACGAAGCCAGUAACAGUAACCUCCACCACUCUCCCCGUCACCAUGUCAGAACGACCUACUACGCGAACCGCGCCGCCCGUCGCCGCAGGACUACCAGAAUCUAAUUUCGAUUCUGGCUCCAACAUGCCUGUUGCUAGCUACCUGCCAACCGGCGCGCAGGAUAGCCCUCUGCCGAUGGGCAAAUACUAUCCUUCUAACUAUACGAAGAGGAAAGAAGAAAAGAGGAGCAGGAAGCAAAGCCGACCGCAGACUUCGGUUCCUUCAUCUUCGAUGGGAUCCAAGUCGGAAUCCCAGGUCCCUACUACGCGGGAAACUUCAACUAUGGGACACUCGCGAAAUGAGUCAGACGCGAAGCGCAGACUACAGCAAUAUCAACGUGAUAUGAUUGCUCAAGCUACACUAGCCCUUAAUGGCGGAAAUGUCAAUGCGGCAGCGCUAAGUUCUCUGAGGACUAUCGGCUUCGCAAGCAUGUCCAAACCAAGUAAGCCGAGACUGGCGCCCUUGGGAUCACCUGGACCUGUAACUCCCAUGGAGUUGGAAGGUUCGGGAGAAGGUUACUUGGGGGCACGUGGACCGGUAGAUGCCCAAGUCGAAGAGAUUGCUCGAGCCAUCAGAGCCGAAGAGGAGCGUAAACAACGAGAGGGUGCUUCAUCGCCAGCGGUUGAGUUGGGGCCCAGCACUUUUUGA